AUGAUUACUGCAGCUACCGCCGCUAUUGGCGCCUUCUGGGGCUGGUACUUCUACGAUGAGUACCUCACUGCUCGUCUGGCCAAGAAGGCCAAGCCUGUGCCGCUCCCUAGGAAGCCGACCUACAAGACUGGUGAUGUGAGCAUUGUUGUCGCAACCAUCAAUACUCCCGACACUUUCACCGACAGCCUUCGUCUUUGGCUUGCCAACCUCCCAAAGGAGAUCAUCAUUGUCACCAUCGAGCGCGACCUCCAGCGUGUUGUUGACCUUGUCCAGCCCGUCAUUGCUGAGGGCGAUAACCGCAUCACUGUACUGACAGCUGACUACGCCAGCAAGCGUGCUCAGAUGGUUGUUGGCAUUGAACAGGCCAAGGGCAAGAUCUUGGCUUGUGUUGAUGAUGAUGCCUUCUGGAGCUACGCGUCGCUUGAGCACCUCAUCGCCCCUUUUGAGGACCCAAAGGUUGGUGGCGCGGUCGGCAAACAGAGCGCCCACAUUCCCCGAAAGCGCCGCGACCCCACGGUCAUCACCCCCUGGGAAGUCGCCUCCAUCAAGUCCCUGGACAAUCAAAACAACAACCAGGCUGUUCGCUUCGCUGCUGAUGGCAGUGUCUUCUGUCUCGUUGGUCGUACUAUGAUGGUGCGCGCCGACAUUGCUAAGGAUCCCAAGUUCACCCACGCGAUCAAGAACGAGUUCCUCAACGGAAAACGUCUCAACAGCGGCGACGAUGUUUUUCUCACCCGUUGGCUUCUGAGAAAGGGCUGGAAGAUGAGCAUUCAGAACGCCCCCGAGGCGGAGAUCACCACUGAGGUUAUGCGUGACUCGACCCUGGUCCUCCAGAUGUUCCGUUGGCAGCGCAGUGCUUUCCAGUCUUUCUGGAAGACUCUCUUCGUGGAGCCUGGCAUCUCCAAGAUCUGGAAGUAG